GCGGCUUUCCCUCCACGAAACCGCAUUCGGGAGCCUCGGGUUUCCCCCCCUUUCCGUCGCUGCUUUGGACUCUCUCUCUCUCUCUCUUCUCGUCUUGGGAGGACGUGAAGGUCGCGUCAGCGGGGCCGGGGUUGGCCAGGGCAGAUAUUUUCUCACGCCUACCCUUCUCCUUCCCCUCUCCCUCCUCUCUAUAUAACUCUUCCCCCCUUCCGCCUUACCCUACCCUCCUCCGUUGCAGGUUUCGACGCCGCCUUCUCCGUCUUCAACUCUCUCAGUCCGUUUCUUCUCACAAACAUGUCUGCCUUCCGCGGGAAGUACGCCGAUGAGCUCAUCGCCAACGCGGCCUACAUCGGCACCCCGGGCAAGGGUAUCCUUGCUGCCGACGAGAGCACUGGCACGAUCGGCAAGCGUCUUGCCAGCAUCAACGUCGAGAACGUUGAGUCCAACCGCCGGGCCCUCCGCGAGCUCCUCUUCUGCACUCCUGGCUCUCUUGAAUGCCUGAGCGGAGUCAUCCUCUUCGAGGAGACCCUGUAUCAGAAGACGGCCUCCGGAAAGCCCUUCGUCGAGGUUCUCAAGGAGGGCGGUGUCCUUCCGGGCAUCAAGGUUGACAAGGGCACCGUCGAGCUCGCUGGCACCAACGGCGAGACCACCACCCAGGGCCUCGACGGCCUCGGCGAACGCUGUGCGGAGUACUAUAACGCAGGUGCCCGCUUCGCCAAAUGGAGGGCCGUCCUCAAGAUCGGACCCAACGAGCCCUCUGAGCUCGCCAUCCAUGAGAACGCCUACGGCCUCGCUCGCUAUGCUAGCAUCUGCCAGGAGAACGGUCUCGUCCCCAUCGUCGAACCGGAGAUCCUUGUCGACGGCUCUCACGACAUCGACCGCUGCGCCUAUGUGACGGAGCGCGUCCUAGCUGCCUGCUAUAAGGCCCUCAACGACCACCAUGUUCUCCUCGAGGGCACCCUCCUCAAGCCGAACAUGGUCACCCCAGGCUCCGACUCCGCCAAGGUCACGCCAGAGGUCAUUGCCGAGUACACUGUCCGGGCCCUUCAGAGGACCGUCCCAGCUGCCGUGCCCGCCAUCGUCUUCCUCUCUGGAGGACAGAGCGAGGAGGAGGCCACUCGCAACUUGAACGCCAUGAACCAGCUCAAGACCAAGAAGCCAUGGAGCUUGUCAUUCUCCUUCGGUCGUGCCCUGCAGCAGAGCACACUCAAGACAUGGAAAGGAAAGGAGGAGAACGUUUCGGCUGCGCAGGCUGCUUUCCUAUCCAGGUGCAAGGCCAACUCCCAGGCGACUUUGGGUACAUACAAGGGCGAUGCUGCUCAGGUGGCGGGCGCAUCCGAGAGCCUGCACGUCAAGGACUACAAGUAUUAGAGAAGUUUGCUUCUUUGUCUUCCCUGCAUCUUUAUUCAGGUGAAGUUAUGAAUUUAUGAUCAAUCAUAAGAGAGCGAGCGACAUAGGUUGUUAGGUUUUGCUCUAUGAGGGAUUUUCUUUUAAAUUUGUUCUGGUUUUGUUUUGUUCCUUUUUUUUUUUUGCGGAAUGUUCCCUUCCUUUUGUUGUCUUUUUUGUUCAAUCUGGUUAACAGUAAGACAUGCAUUUUAUGAUCAAUAAACGCAUGGACAAGGGACUCCUAUCGGCGACAUUUGUGGUUCCUUCAUUGCUAAUUCAAUCUAGCUUAACUUUACUUUCUUUUCUUUUA